UUGCUCCCAACUCCGGGUAUUUGUCAUUACAUAACUCGGCGUCUUUGUCGCUUGCACUGACUUCGCCCUCCCAAAGCAGAGAGUGGGGAUAACCGCAUCUUGUUUACCGCCCCAGCAGCAGACGACGCGGCCGCAGCGGCGGUCCAGGCACGAUUUUAAGCUCGACUGUGCUGCUUUUUGCUGUCGUGGACCGAAGACUAGCAGGAGGACACAUAAAUGGUGGAAACCUGAGCCCAGCGGCGGUGAGAACUCACCCCGAGUGGAUUUUGCUGGUGUGCUGCCAGAAGCAUCUGGAAAAGAUAACCCAGAGAUGCACUCCCCCUCCAGAGGACCAGAGAAUAAUUCACAUCUCAGACUUUUCAAUGCUACAGCUCUGUGGCUGCUGAGUGGUCUUGUAGCUUGUGUUUUAACGUGAAUUCUGUUCAGUCACACUGGCAUUGAAAGCCCCUGCCUGCCCCGAGAGGCUCAGUUUGGGCUCUUAACCAGAUUUCCUCCAUGCACCAGUGAGUUUGGACAUGUUGGAUAACUGUGGCUCUCUGUGCACUCAGUAGGUGAUUAAGGGACAAACAUCCUCUUCAAGAAAUCACAACAGACUCCUGCAAAGUUUCCCUGUAGCUAUGCAGUGAAAAUGUGUGCGGCCAGGUUCAGUGGCUGCCUCAAUGGCUGUGCUGAAGAGGCCGCUGGUGGCGCUGCAGGGGCCCCCGGCUCUGUCAUGGCCUCCCGGAUGCUGGACUGGACAGAGGCAGGUCCCCGCAUCCUCCACAGCCUGGAGAUGGGCACAGUGAUGACUGUUUUCUACCAGAAGAAAUCCCAGCGGCCCGAGAGGAGAACGUUCCAGAUAAGGCAGGACACCCGGCAGAUAGUGUGGAGCCGAAAUCCAGACAAAGUAGAAGGAGAGGUUGACAUUCGAGAGAUCCGGGAGCUGCGGCUGGGGAAGGGCUCCCGUGACUUUGAGCGCUACCCGGAGGAAGCUCGUAAACUGGACUCCGCCCACUGCUUCAUCGUGCUGUAUGGCCUGGAGUUCCGCCUCAGGACGCUCAGUUUGGCCGCUUUCAGUGAGGAGGAGGUCAACAUGUGGAUCACUGGUCUCAGCUGGCUGAUGGUCGACACUCAGAGAGCGCCAGCACCACAGCAGAUGGACAGGUGGCUGAGGAAACAGUUUGAAGUCCUGGACAGGAACCGUGAGGGCAGCAUCACAGUGAAGGACGUGAAAGCACUGCUGCCUCAGAUCAACUACAGAGUCCCCAACAUGCGCUUCCUCAAAGACAAGCUGCAGGAGGUGGAGGCCAGAAGCGACCUGUUGUUCCACAACUUCGCACAGCUCUACAGAACUCUGAUGUUUGAUGCACAGAGGAGUAUUAUUGAGCAGCUGGAGCUCUCCUUCCCUCUGCGGAAUGUUGACAGACCGGAGCUCUGUCAGAUCUCCCUCUACGACUUCCAGAAGUUUUUACAGAUGGACCAGAAGGAGUCCUGGGCAUCAGAUCUGAGUCGUGUCAGAGAGUUUCUCGUGAGCUACAUGAGGGGGGCGCCGCAGCCAGAGCCGAUUCUGCAACUGGAUGAGUUCCUGACCUUCCUGUUCUCCAGAGAGAAUUCUGUGUGUGAUGCCCGACUUUCACCUGUUGUUCACGAUGACAUGAAACGGCCUCUGUCUCAGUACUGGAUCUCCUCUUCACACAACACCUACCUGACAGGUGACCAGUUUUCCAGCGAAUCAUCUUUAGAAGCCUAUGCUCGCUGUCUGAGGAUGGGCUGCCGCUGCAUCGAACUGGACUGCUGGGAUGGACCCGAUGACCUGCCGAUCAUCUACCACGGCCACACGCUAACUUCCAAGAUCAAAUUCCUGGACGUGCUUCAUACCAUCAAAGAACAUGCCUUCGUCACAUCUGAGUAUCCUGUGAUCCUGUCUAUUGAGGACCACUGCAGCGUUGUCCAACAGAGGAACAUGGCCACGCACUUUAAGAAGGUGUUUGGAGAUCUGCUGCUCACCAAGCCAGUCGAUAACAAUGCAGAGGAGCUUCCUUCGCCCUACCAGCUGCGCAGAAAGAUCCUCAUCAAGCACAAGAAGCUGGUGGAGGGAACCCUGUACGAAGAGGUGACGUCGGCCAGCUAUUCAGAAAACGACAUCAGCAACUCGCUGAAAAACGGCAUCCUUUACCUCGAAGAUCCCAUCGACCAUACGUGGACUCCACACUACUUUGUCCUGACGAGUAAUAAGAUCUACUACUCAGAGGAGACAUCUCACUACCAGACAGCUGAUGAAGAGGAAGACGAGGAUGGAAAAGAGGAGUGUAACAACAAUGAGCAGCACUGUGCCGAGCGCUGGUUCCAUGGGAAGCUUGGUGGAGGCCGUGAUGGUCGACAGGUGGCUGAGAAGCUGCUGCAGGAAUACUGUGAGGGCGGGGGUAAAGAUGGCACCUUCCUGGUUCGGGAGAGCGAGACAUUUGUCGGCGACUACACCCUCUCAUUCUGGCGCUCUGGUCGUGUCCAGCACUGCAGGAUUCAUUCACGUCAGGAGUUGGGCUCCACACGUUUCUACCUGACUGACAACCUGGUGUUUGACAGUCUCUACCGCCUCAUCUGCCACUACAGAGACACGCCGCUGCGCUGCAACGAAUUUGAGAUGAGGCUGGGCAGCCCUGUGCCUCAACCUAACGCACACGAGAGCAGAGAGUGGUACCACUCCAGUCUGUCCCGCGUUCAGGCCGAGCACAUGUUGAUGCGUGUGCCCAGAGACGGUGCUUUCUUGGUGCGGAAACGCAGCGAACACAACUCCUACGCUAUCUCUUUCAGGGCAGAGGGAAAGAUCAAGCACUGUCGUAUCCAGCAGGAAGGGCGGCUCUUCAUGCUGGGCAGCUCGGCAGAGUUUGAGAGUCUGGUCGACCUGGUGAGCUACUACGAAAAACACCCUCUGUAUCGCAAGAUGAGACUGCGCUACCCCAUCAAUGAGGACACUCUGGACCGGAUGGGCACCACGGAGCUGGACUAUGGGGCGCUGUAUGAGGUUCGCACUCCUCAUUUCUAUGUGGAGGCCAAUAAGAUGCCCACAGCGCGGUGCACAGUCAAAGCUCUGUAUGACUAUCGAGCUCAGAGAGAAGACGAGCUCUGCUUCCCCAAACAGGCGCUCAUCCUCAACGUGGACAAACAGGAGGGCGGCUGGUGGCGAGGCGACUACGGUGGGAAGAAACAGCUGUGGUUUCCUGCAAACUAUGUGGAGGAGGUGCCCAGCUCUCCCACCAGAGAGCUGGAUGAAGCAUCCACAGAGAACAGUCCUCUGGGUACGUUCCUCAAGGGCUUCAUCGAUGUACCCACCUGCCACGUUGUGAUUCCUAAGGACGGGAGGAAUGCUCGGCCCUACGUGUUCACGAUCCACUCCCAGCAACUGCCUUCUCACCCGGUGCAGACCCUGGACGUGGCAGCCGACAGCCUGGAGGACCUGACCAGCUGGGUCAGCAAGAUCAGGGAGGCUGCACAGAACGCUGAUGCACGGAUGCAGGAGGAGAAACAGAUGGAGAGGAGGAAGAAGAUCGCAGUGGAGUUGUCGGAUCUUGUGGUUUACUGCAGACCGGUCCCGUUCAAUGAGGACAAGAUUGGGACAGAGAAGGCGUGUUAUCGGGACAUGUCGUCCUUCCCAGAGACGAAGGCAGAGAAGUUUGCCACACGCGCCCGGGGAAAACGCUUCUUGCAAUACAACCGCCGUCAGCUUUCUAGAGUGUAUCCCAGAGGACAGAGACUGGACUCGUCCAACUACGACCCACUGCCCAUGUGGCUCUGUGGCUCCCAGCUGGUUGCGCUCAAUUUCCAGACUCCAGAUAAACCUAUGCAGCUGAACCAGGCCUUGUUCAUGCUCGGAGGGGGCAGCGGCUACGUCCCCCAGCCCGACAUCAUGAGGGAUGACGUCUUUGACCCUUUUGACAAGGACACAUUGCAUGUGGAGCCGAUCACCAUCCAGCUACAGGUGCUGGGGGCCCGUCAUCUGCCCAAAAAUGGCCGCAGCAUCGUGUGUCCCUUCGUGGAGGUGGAGAUCUGUGGAGCUGAUUAUGACAGCUGCAAAUGCAAGACAGAUGUUGUAGCUGAUAAUGGCCUGAAUCCUGUGUGGGUGCAGAAGCAGUUUGUGUUCGACAUCCACAACCCCACCUUCUCCUUUCUGCGUUUCACCGUCUAUGAAGAGGACAUGUUCAGCGAUCCUAACUUCCUGGCACAGGCGAGCUAUCCUGUCCGUCUGUUACGAACAGGCUACAGGAGCGUGCCUCUUAAGAACAGCUACAAUGAGGAGCUGGAGUUGGCGUCACUUCUGGUUCACAUAGAGAUCGUCAAUGCAAAGGAAGAAGAUGAUGAAAACUUGUACAUGUCCAUCCAGCAGUUGCGGGAUCGAACCAGCGAGCUGUCCAACAAGGUUUCUCUCCUGGAGAGGUCGGGCUCAGCAGACCUGAGCUACCAGCAGAGUCUGGAGGAGCUGAGAGCAACUCAGGAUCAGCUGAGCGAGCUGGUGGAGGCUCGAAACCGCAGGCUGACGGAGAAGAAGAGGAGGGAGAAGCUGAGGCAGCAGGUGGCAGCAAAACGCAACUAACCCUCCCACCCAACAGAGAGCGCCCAACUCCAACACAACUGGUGCCUGACACCUGCUGCCACCAGUGCUGUGCAGUGAUGGCCUCAAAGAACCAGCAGUGACAUGCAAUCUUCCUUCAUAAUAAAGUGCGGGAUUUUACAGCACCAGGAGGAAGUGACAAACAGAAGCAUCUCAUGGACAACUCACACAACUAAGCUAUAAAAACAAUCAGACUUCAGUCUGAAAAAUGCCGAGAGUGAAAUGGAAGCUAGUUAGAGCCAAAAUAAUUCAAUUAAUGGAUCAAUGGAAAAUUAAUCAAGAACAGUUUUCAAAGUUUCAGCCAAACAUUUGCUGCUUUUCUUUGUGUUAUCUUAUAACAAGCUAAUCAUUUUGGGCCAGCUGGUCUGAAAAACAAGCUACAUUGUGCUGCAGGAAUUAACAGGUAUUAUUCACUAUUUUCUGGCAUUUUGGUACCAAAGGAGCAUUUAUUUAUCAAAAAGCUAAACAGUCUAAUAACUAAUUAAAUGAGUAGAACUAUUAUUUGUCACUUCAUGGCAGUGAAAGUCUGCCACUUAUAACUUUUCUGGCAACAGAACAAGAAGUCAAAAGCAACUGAAAAUGUUAAUUUUGAAUGAUUAAUGUUCUCCAGUACAGAUUAAAAUAAAUAAUCUGGCCUAGAUGUGACCAUCAGCUUCUUGACAAGUUUAGAAAAUGGCAUUUUUAAUGUUGGUGAUAAAAAGUGCUGCAAAACUCAAACAUUUCAAUAGAUGGCUCUGGAAAUUCAGUUUGAAGCUGAUCAAAUUCACUCUUACUGUGUUUCAGACCUUAGUAAGAAAAAAGGGAGAAGAAAACUCAGGUUACACAAGUGCAUGGAAUUAAAAAAAACUGGAUGAAAAGUGGAGCAGGAGGGCACACGUAGCAAAAAAGAAAUAUCAUGUAUGUGCCUUUGAUGUGGUGCUUUGUACAGUUACGCUAAUGUUUAAGGCGUCAGAAAAGGCACUGCUUCUGCCACAACUGAAACUGUGGUUGUUUAAAGGAAAACUAAAACUGGAGGAGUCCAUUCGCUUGGCUCGGACCACUACUCAUGAAAUGGGUUUAAAGGGAUUUAUAGACUGAGGUCUGUUCCUCUAA